UAUCGCCUGCUUGCCGGAGAAAAAUUACAGCAGGACAAGAGUGUCAGAAAUACAGUGAGAAACCAGCAACAAUCAGAAUGUCUGCUGAUCCGGACAAGAUGGAUUUUCCUCGACCUGAACUGUUUGAUUUCCAUGGAGUCUCAAUGAUCCAUUAUUUCACUGACAACUGGGAGAACAUUCAAAACUUUCAAGCCAGGCCAGAUGAUAUACUUAUUGCAACAUACCCCAAAGCUGGAACCACAUGGGUCUCCUACAUCCUUGACCUGCUGUAUUUUGGCCAGACAUCCCCAGAGCGUCAGACAUCCAUCCCGAUUUAUGAAAGAGUACCUUUCUUGGAGAUUGUGAAGUCAGCUGUGGAUACAGGAGUUGAACUGGCGAACAACCUUCCCACCUCUCCACGGCUCAUUAAAACUCAUUUUCCAGUCCAGUUUGUGCCAAAGUCCUUUUGGGAGCAAAACUGCAGGAUCGUCUACGUGGCCCGCAAUGCCAAAGACAACGUGGUCUCUUAUUUUCAUUUUGAGCGCAUGACUCUGGCCCAGCCAGAUCCUGGAGACUGGAGCAGCUACCUCCACAGAUUCAAAGAGGGAAAGAUUGUGUUUGGACCCUGGUAUGACCAUGUGAACGGCUGGUGGAAGAAGAAACAGACUUACUCAAACCUCCAUUACAUGUUCUUUGAAGAUAUGGUUGAAGAUACUGGACGGGAAAUAGACAAACUCUGCCGCUUUCUUGGUUUGUCUCCUUCAGUGGAGGAGAAGAAACAAAUUACAAGUGGAGUGCAGUUUGAUAAAAUGAAAAAGAACAACAUGACCAACUAUUCUACUGUCUCAGUUAUGGAUUUCAAAGUAUCUCCUUUCAUGAGAAAAGGGAAGGUUGGUGACUGGAAGAACCAUUUCACUGUGGCCCAGAGUGAAGAGUUUGAUGAAGACUACAAGAAGAAGAUGAAGGAUCCUACACUUCAGUUUCGCACUGUUGUCUGAACAGGAUGGGACAGACUGUGUUUUUGCGGAGGCUGGUCAUGAUUGACUGGACGUGUGGCAUUUCUGUAAGAAUUAUCAAAAUAUAUUUGGCUCUCAUGUGACAGCAGGGGUGUGGAGUGUGUCUCCUUGUGAUUUUUGUCUGAAUGAUGGCUGUGAACUACAUAUAAUGAGGCACAGUGCAAAUCCAAUAACUAGUAAUUUUUUGAGGUAAACAUGUCUGCCAUCACAAGACAAUGUAUUUGUAUAAAAUAUUUGACAAUGAGCAUUUCAUGAACCAAGAAUUCUUCAACACAGAAAACAUGUAAA